UCCACUUCAUUCAAAUCAUUGCGUCGCAGUCCUCACACUCCUUCAAACACAACUUUUAAAGUUCAUUCAGUAUGUCGUCUCCCUCAGAGAGCAUGGACAAAGUCAUCAAAACCACCUCACCAAACCUCAAACUCUCCUUCCCCAACGCUACGGUAACAACCCCGGGCCCCAAGCUCUCCAAGCAAGAUUCCCGCCCCGCACCAACGCUCUUCCUCAAAUUGCCGACCCCCUCCAAAACCUACUUCUCUAUCUCCCUCGACCCAGACGCGCCAUUCCCCUCCUUCCCGUUCCUAGGCCCAGUCUUGCACACUCUCCAAACAGACUUGACCGCGCAAGGGGAAGCAGACGGCGAAGGCUGGGUCAAGCUUUCAGGGAGCGGGAAGCCGCUGGCGCCGUGGGUGCGGCCAGGACCCCCGGGCAUCUCGGCACCGCAUCGAUAUGUGUUUCUAGUGUGGGAGCAGCCGGAAGGGUUGACGGAGGAGAGGAUUAGGAAGGAGAUGGGGUGGGGUGAGCAGGUGGGAUUGAUGGCAAGGAUGAGGUGGAAUCAGAGUGGGUUUGAGGGGAGGUUUGGCUUGGGGGAUGUUGUUGGGGGGAAUUGGUUUGUCUGUGGGUGAUGAUCGUGCGGGAUUGGCCGCGUGUUCCUUUCUUGGAUGCGAGGAUGGAUAGGUAUGCCGUCUAUGCUGGGAAUGGAAUGUGAGGUUAAGUAUGUCUCAUAAGCUUCCGCGGUUGUGAUUAGUUUGGGGCAUAAUAGUGGUAGCGGGGGAAGGCAGGAGCUACCGAUAUGUAAUAGUGCCUGACAC